CCACGGACCCAUACAUGGGUGCAUUGCACUUCACUUAGAGGUCCAAGUUUACAGUAACACAGUUCGAGUCGUCGCAAUGAGUUCGAGGAAAAGUAAACUAGACCUCCUCAUCCGGGUACGAUACUCGAACCCCCUCCCACCACCACCAUGUCCUCCGAAGCUCUUGGAUAUACCGACUGACCCUAUGCGUUAUGCUCGGCCAGAGUUCUUGAAUGCCAUUGCGAAUGAGACUCCUCUUCCUAUGAUUAUAGAUGCCGAAUGUGGCAUGCCGCUUGACCUCGGCCUCUGGGAGUGUUUAUGGGGUGAAGACGCAGACGAGUCAGCAUUGAAUCCAGACCCAAAUUUCGUUCCCCCACUAGACCCAAAGGAUCGAUUCCUACUCGGUGAUCCAUCCUCAAGUUCUCUACCCUACACCAAUGGCACGCCCGGGCCCACAGUAGGGCUUUCAACACCUCUCCCUGCCCACGUCCCCUGGUUACGUAAAACGGAGUAUCUUAGUAGAGAGGGUGUCCAGCGUUCUCAAUCUGUUCAGGAAAUCAAACAUCUCCCACAAAACAUCGACAUUUCUCGGGCAGCUCAGCUCCGUGACAUCGAAGCUUCUUUUGCAGCUUGCAACGAACCUUCCCAAUUCUCCCUUUCCACACUCCGACACCCUAACAAGCCUGAAGUUACUGCGGUCGAAUCGUAUGAGAUAUUUCCUGAUGCGGAUAUCUGGGCCAACGCAUACGACCUGUUUAGAUUCAGCGAGCGACCGGGAGACAGACCCAUUGAUGUGGAUGAUCCCCGACUCGAUUGUGCCAUUUUACGGCCCAUGGAAUCAGAUGGCGACCACUUCCUGGCGUACUACCUCACAGACGAAGAUGGCCCAGCUUUAGCACUCAAAGCCAGCCGGUUCGAAGCUGGUCCUCUUGAUUUGGAAGAACCAAAAAUAACCACGUUCCGCCACGCCCGCGACUACGAAACUGUUAAGAUCGAACAAGACGUGCCAAACGAAUUCUUGUUGGUACUCGAUGAUGGGAAUACGCUGCCGAAAACUGUUAGCGGCGGCAUCGAGCGUACGAAAGCCGCUUACUAUAAGAACAUCGAACGCAAGAUGACAUUGAAAAAGAGGCGCGUUAAUAACCAGGACGCGAAGUUGCAGCUAGUUCAUAUGUCACACGUACCCAUGAGUAAAGAAGAGUUGGAUGAACGCGAAGAGCUUAUGGCAGAAGUUCUAGACCCGAUGUACCUGAGAGGGGAUGUGGAUGCAGAUGGCGAAGGGGAGAUUGACGUGGAUGCAGUCGGGCAGGCUACUGAUGCCCACGCAGAAAGCACUGAGGGCUACGGUACCAGUUACGGAGAGGGGAUUAUGGCCGAUAUUUUUUAGGCUAUACAUAUUUAUGUGUGACUGUUGCAGUAGUUCCCCUCAUUGUACAUAUGUAUCAAUGGCCGCCGACGCUGCCAAGCGAUCGAUACAUGGAUGCGAUACCAAUUAAAUAUAAUGCAGAAGGACAGAACUGAGGAACGGACGACAAACAAUCGGCGUAAUGCGAC